AUGAAGAGGGAAGGUCGUCAACACGGUAUGGUGUUGACCUACCGUUUUGAGCAAUAUUCCUGGGGGAGAAACAACACGACUCCAUCAUCAUCAUCUCAGGCCGGCCCGCCAUUUACCCGGGCUUCUCAGAACCCCACCAACCAUUCCAAGUUCACCGGAAAGUGCCGAUGGCCCAGGUGUGGCCACUGUCAUACCCACCCGGUCGAAAAGUCAAGGUACAAGGCUAAAGGAACUCAUAAGCUUAAAUGCUCUGAUGUUCUUACGAAUCACAGGUUGGUGAAGUGGCGGGUCGUGGAUUUAAGGCUUGCUCUGGCUCCGGGUUCGGCCGGGUUGAAGUUGACCGGGUCUUCUGCCAGGGAGAUUUUGGACCAUUUGGCCACUGAUGAUUACUAUGAGGAGGUUGAUGGUGAUUUCAGUGAUCAUCUGGGCUAUGGAUACGAUCACGAGCCGGAUUAUGAUUACGGGUAUGAAUAUGGGCCGGAUGAAUUUGAUGGUGAAACUGAUGUUGAUGACGACAGAAUGAGCUUUUGUGACGUAGGAUUCAUCUGGGAAGAUGUGGAGGGACACGGUGGUCGUGGCGGUGGGUGGUGUUUGGUGGAGGAGAUUUGA